GAAAUGGAGCGCUUGCUGUUUAUGUACAUGUAACGGGACUCGGAGGAAGCGAAUGAGGUGAAUUGUUUAUUUUAUUGCCUUAACUCUAUUCGAUAGUUUUUUUCAACUCGGUUUGACUUUUGACCUAACAGUUUAUCAACGUUCAUUCUGAGUUGCUUUAAAUGGAAAUAGUUGGCAUACAUAUAGUAAACUUCGUGACCACAAAUGUACUACAAAUCUACGCAAAUGUUAACUUAUACAUAAAAUAAAUUUAAUCGGUCAUAUAUAUGUAUAUAAAUAAAAUAAUUUCCAUUACUAUUUUUUUUCCAAAGAAAUGCAUACUAACAGAAAAACUAAACGCAUGAUGUGCCGAUUGUGGGACUAUCUGUACCGAUUCGGAAUUGGCAUGGUGACGGUUCGGCAGUUUUACUUACUUGACAUCACUGCCGUGUGAAAUAUGUAGUUAUGUCUGCAGUAUUUUCUCAAGUUCCUUUAAAUUUCUUCAUAAAAUAGAUCACUCAAGUUCCCUCUGUGUCAGCUUAACGUAAUCAUGUUCAUCAAGGUUCAACAUGAGUGAGAGACUGUGACCUUUGGUUGUUCAAGUGUCGGUUGUCUUCUCAGCGUUUCAUUUGGAAUACCCCUUUGUACUAUGGCAGGUCGGAGAGGGAAGAAAGGCAUGUUAAAGUUGGUUGUCUCAGAUGAGCCGCCACCACCAAUUUCUCCUCCGAGGAAUCUGGACAAACGAACGACCAUCACAAUUGCAGACAAGACAUUUGAGGUGGAAGCAGAUGACCUUGAAAAGCUGUGUGACCUCGGAAGGGGUGCAUACGGCAUUGUGGAGAAAAUGCGCCACAUACCUAGUGGCACAAUUAUGGCUGUUAAGCGGAUAACGGCGACGGUGAACACGCAGGAGCAGAAGCGGCUGCUGAUGGACCUGGACAUCUCGAUGCGCUCCUCCGACUGCCCGUACACGGUGCAGUUCUACGGGGCGCUGUUCCGCGAGGGCGACGUGUGGAUCUGCAUGGAGGUGAUGGACACCAGCCUCGACAAGUUCUACGCCAAGGUGUACAAGCACGGCCGCGAGAUCCCCGAGGACAUCUUGGGGAAGAUCACGUUCGCGGUGGUCAGCGCAUUGCACUACCUGUAUCUGAACUUGAGGGUCAUCCAUCGAGAUGUGAAGCCUUCCAACAUUCUCAUCAACAGGAGAGGGGAAGUUAAGAUUUGCGAUUUUGGCAUCUCUGGUUACCUCGUGGACUCUGUAGCGAAGACCAUCGAUGCUGGGUGCAAACCGUACAUGGCACCGGAGCGAAUCGACCCGUCCGGCAACCCGUCCCAGUACGACAUCCGGUCGGACGUGUGGAGCCUGGGCAUCUCGCUGCUGGAGCUGGCCACUGGUCGCUUCCCCUACGCCACGUGGGGCACGCCGUUCGAGCAGCUCAAGCAGGUCGUGAAGGACGACCCCCCUCGCCUGCCGCCGGGGAAGUUCUCGUCCGAGUUCGAAGACUUCAUCAGCAAGUGCCUCCAGAAAGAUUACACAGCUCGUCCCAAUUACCACCAACUGUUGGGCCACCCUUUCUGCGAGAUUCACCAGCAGAGGACAACAGACAUGUGUCAGUUUGUCAGUGAAAUCCUAGACUUAUCCGACGACUGCUGAAGUACGUGGUACUUCGCGGCGCACCGCAACAUCACAUUUUACGCUAAGAGUACAAUCCUACUUCAAAAUGUGUUCAAGUUUUUGUUUAACAAGGAACAUGUUUUGUAAAGAAUUUUACCGUUUAUUAAUGCUUUAUAACUUGUAGACGAUCAGGUUAAGCUCUUGGUUCUUUUUCAUCAGUUUUUAUUUAAAAUGUGUUUAAUGAAUAAGCAAUAACAUCUAUAUUUUUUUUUUUUUUACUUUUUCUUAUUGCACAGUACCUGGUAUGAUUUGCUACAGUAUUUUACUGUACUGUCUUAUUAGUAACUGUAAUUUAUGUUGACAUUAUGCUUUAAGUUAAUUUUUAUAGUUAAAAUUGUUUACAAGAUAAUAUGUAACAACUGCCUUAGCAUAGCUUUUUUCGUCAAGUACAUAGUUAGCCAGAAGUUUUAUGUUCCCACCCAUUUGUGACAUUUGAUGACAUGUCUAAUUGAGACAGACUUUAGUAAUUGUAUAGUCAGUGUUCAUCGGUCAAACUGAUUCCUAUUUGCAUGGAUAGCCGUUUUUCGGACUUGUGUGAAUUUGUUACCUCAAGGAACUGAAAUGGUAGACAGCUUUUCUGUGUUUGUCAAUGCGGCAAUCUUAUUGCAAGCACUUGUUUUCGACGUGAAGUUGAAGAAUUGUAGCUAUGCCCUGUGCAUUUGCAUUGUUAGUGAACUCUUAGGUAUGUAAAGUGUGUGAAAAUAAUUACCAUGUAGUUAAUAAACUUAAAUAACUAAACAAA